GCCUCUUGAUUGGCGUUAAACCUAAAAUGUCUUCAAAUCCGCGACGAUGUUUCUUGCGUAACUUGACAUAAACUAUCAAUGGGUGAGGUUACAAACCAUUUUUAGACGUUACUGCUGACGUUUCUAGUUUUCCCAAAGCUUCCGUUUCGCUCUGGCAGUGAUUGGACUGGUCUGCACUUUUUUUUUUCAUCCACCGGCAAGCUAGCUUAAGCGGCCGUAUAACAAGUCGCACAUUCUCCACUUCAAUGGAGGCGCAGCCCAAAGAUCGGGCACGGGACAGUCGAAAUCAGCACCGCGGAGACGACGCCAGCCCUCCUCGGUGGACCCCUGGCCUAAAACAUGAGCAGAACCACUUCCACCAGCGCCAGCAUCAGGAAACGAACGCGAAGAAAACAGGCCACAAAAAAGUAAGCGUUGGUGAGGAGGAGGUGGAAAAGAGCAGGCAUUUGUUUACUACCGUUGGUAUGCCGCAUCCUCCCAACAGCAAUGGAAACAGACACGCAAGUAACACAAACGUGAAGAAGUCGACGACGCGGCUGUACUCGGCGGCUCCGAAAGCCGGCGGCAAAGGACUAGACUACAAAAAGACUAUGGACCUAAAGAAUGAUAAAGCUGUUGACUCGAAUCAUCAAGAGGAUAAGAAAGACGCCGCGUUGCUUCAAAACGGUGUCGCGCAUACCGACGUUAUUCUUAAUGGCUACUCGUGCAAGGACUACGACGGCAGCGGAUCGGAGGCUGGCUAUACCGUGUCCAAGAAACAUAAGGCAAGAUGUAACGUGAAGAACACCGACAACGCCAUGGGAGAGCAGGAGGCUGCGACUUUCAAUAUGGAGGCCGCCGAGAAAGGAGGGACUUCUCGACCCGACUGCUUAAAAGCCACGCACAAAGCGGAGACUCAGUCGGCGCCGAGACGGACCGAGGCCUCGGUAGGGGAACCUUCGAGGAAAAACUCUUUGGGUAAAAAGAUUGAGGAGCGACACAAAGCCAAGGUAUGCUCACCUUCAAAAGAGGAUUCGUGGACUUUGUUCAAGCCACCUCCAGUGUUUCCUGUGGACAAUAGCAGUGCUAAAAUAGUUCCCAAGAUCAGUUAUGCAAGUAAAGUCAAAGAGAACCUCAACAAAGUAGCUCAAGGUGGAGCAGAAGUAGUGCCUCCUCCCGUCAGACUGUCGCAGGUUCCCAUGUCCGCUAUGAAAACCAUCACUUCGGCUAGCUUUACUAACGGGCCGGUUUCCGCCAGCGGGAAUGGUACCUUCUUUUCGCCCGCCGCUACGGCGAGUGGGGACAAUGUAGCAUCUCCUUUAGAAAGUAAGUGUAACUCUAGCUCUACAAGCAGCCCCCCCAUUAAGGGGGAGGCGUACGAACUGAGAAAGUAUUCUCUUUUAAUUUACCCUUUAAAUAUGCAAGCCGCGCUCCCUAGUGCCCGCCACCUCAACCCGCCGGCUACUCAGACAAAUCAAAAAGCCCUGGGAGAAAUCUUCCAAAAUAAAUGGGGGCUGUCCUUCAUUAACGAGCCCAACUUGGCGCCGGAAGGCGGGAGCGGCCCGCCGCCCGCGCAGGACGGCCUACCUCCGGGCCAGCGUCGGGCCAAGCCGUGCUUCGAAGGCCCUUUCUUCCUGGAGACGGGCACUUUGGCUCAAGACGGCGAGAAAAGGACGUUUAUUAUUUCGCCCGCUCGCGUCCCGGCCAAGGAGGAGAACGGAGAAAAGACGAGCGCGGACGCGCCCCGUAAGGAAAGCGCUGCUAAGCUCGCGCAGGGCCACGCCGACACCGUGUCGUUUGGCACGUCCAAAGAACAGGUCUCGUUGAAAGAUGUCUGCAGAAGGCGGAGUUGGGGGGCAUUCGAUGUCAAAGCUGCUGUCACUUAUCACACUAAAGAAAUGGAAUACGUUUUCAGCUUGCAAAAACAAUAUCCAAAUCUAGUACUGGUUUAUGACGAGGCCGAGGACGGACCCGAUCAAUGAGGUAGACGUCCGCAGUAAUUGACUGCGUCUCUUCUGGGUGCUGUAGUUCCUCCUCGGAUAUCCAAGAUGGUAUGGAAGCGGACAACUGUGAAAAACAUUUUUAGCGCGCCGACAACUUCUUCGAGGCCUUCGGACGAUAAAGGAAAUCCUUCGAUCGGUGCCUCUACAAUACAAACAACGGACACUCGCACCCGUCGGGCCGUGACCAAUUUGGCCGCCGACGACCGCCAAGAGAAGGUGCCAUUAUUGAAGCGCGUCUCCAUAAAGCCUUUCCCCACGGUCGACCGUCAAACUGCGGAACGCUUUGAAAGAAGUUGACCUUUUAAAAAGAACGCCUACCUUUCCGGUGGCGCGGAACGAUAAAAAUCAGCAGGGCAACUUCCCACCCCCGUCCCGGUGUUCCUCAACCAAAAUGAAACCAUUUCACGUCGUCUGGUUCACUUCCAUAUCUGUAAGGACCGUCGCUUCCGAGACUAUUCUGAUCCAUUUUGGUUGAGUGGACGGCAGCGCACGGGAGUAACGCGUCGUCGGCCUGUAACAACCUUGCCUCGGCCUUUUUUUGUUUUUAUUUUUGUCGUUUGUCCCGUCCGCGUCAUGCUUGUUCACCGGUGGAAUUCGUCGAGGAGGCUCGCAAUGACACCCGGGUUGAAAUGCGAUAGGUUGUUACGAGGCGGUGCCGUUUUAGGAAGCUGUAACGAACUUAACGUGUUAGGUCUAGGAAGCCCAAAUUUGCCCAUCGCGAUGUCAUUUUCAUCACAUCUCCAAAUCGGUAUUGAUGAACACAACAGUAGACCUUUGAGGCUUUAAAAAGCAUCAAUUUGAUUAACAUGUGGAUCGUUAGCACUUUAUGUAAACUAAUUGCGUUUAUGUUAGUUACUAGAGAUCUAUCAACCUCUCCCUAUAUAAAUGGCUCUGGGCUGUUACUUGUCUGAACAAACAAUUAAAAAUGUAACUCAGGAAGCAUUUACAAAGCCAUGACUAAUGACUUAAUUUUUCUUUUUGUCCCCUGUCGCAAUACCCCCUAAUUUGGAGUUAUUUAUAACACCUCGACUCGUUUUUAGUGAAAGCCCUUUCGAUAUCUUUAGUCAUGGACUCGGUUCAAAAUACCGUGUUUUCCACACUAUCAGGCGCACGUUCAAUAAAUGGCCUAUUUUUAAAGGGUAACACGGAUAGAAAGACAUGUAGUUCUUAGAAGAUAAAUGUUAGUACGAGUUCUAAUAAUUCGAUAUUAAAACCCCCUCUAAAAAUGUUUUCGUUUUAAUAAAAUUUAUAAAAUUAUUUUAACUUGUAGGUCGCCAUUGCGGUGACAUCACAUGGACAUGUCCACUGUUCUGCCCUUCCAAUUUGAACCAGAGUGGAACAUUAAUGAGCAAAAGCAAAUGGAACAGGAAAUACUGGAUGAGACGAGUAGUGUUCAUGUGUCAAGUUCACUAGUGACGAGAGCAGGAGUGUGUUUGAUGUCAUGUUUGCAGAUCUUCACGGUAAACUAUUGUGUGAUCCACUAUUAUUAUGGAGAUAGUUAGCAUUCAGAGCUGCCGUGUGCUUUACACAUGAUUAGUGAAACAUAGCAGUUUUGAUUAAUUUUGCUGAUAGUCUGGGGCCGUACAUCACAAAACACGAAAACGUUUGCCUCGACCGAGACUUCUAAUGACGUCCUACCUUAUUUUUGUCACGGAAAAGCAGAUGUCCAGAUUGUCUAUCAGCCUGCUGGUUGCUUCCCGGUGAAUAAGCGAUAUGUAAAACGAACAAAUGUAUUAAUGCCAAACAGAUUACAAUGACGACUUAUUUUGCACAUUGAGAUCUAAGAGGCAAGUGGAUACAGGUGUUCAUUGGACCGCGCCGUUUAUUGGCAUAAGCGUCGGCAAAUCCUUCACAACAAGCAUAAGUAUAUUACAGCGAAUAUACAAUUAAAAAUAUUCAAAUCUCUCAAAAAAAUAAUGUUCACAAAAAAAAAAAAAAAGCGCUUCAAUCUGUAUUAGUGAGGUCCUAUUCUCACACGGUUAAACAACAAUGCAAAUAGAACUGGCAUUCACAUAUAAAACUUUCUCAGACUUUGGUAAAACUCUAAAACAUUUUAGCAACUCGUGUAACUCAACAAAUACAUUGGAUGGCAAUAUUUAGUCACAAUGUACAAACUAUAAUGCUGGGAGCCAUUAAUAUUAUGAUGGGCGGUUGGUAGCUUGUGUUGUCCUGGGACCGAAGGGUCAGCGGUUCGAUUCCCGGCUAUGACUGCCCACUGUGGAAGUGCCCUUGGGCAAGGCACUGAACCCCAACUUGCCCCCAAUGGGUUGGCAGCUCCUUGCAUGGCAGUAACACCAUUGGUGUGCGAAUGUGUGCGUUAAAGGGUAAAUGUGUGCUAAUGUAAAGCGCUUUGGGCAUUGUAACGAUGUAGAUAAAGCGCUAUAUAAGUACACUCCAUUUACCAUUUAUCAGGAGUCUUGUACGUUGUGAAGACAACACUCACGUCAGUCGAGGGACAAAACGCACUCGUUGGCUUGAUCUCUAAUUUAAAACUCGCCAUUUACACCAUGUGGUGUAUUUAAAUCGCUACCUUAGAUAGUUAAAGAGUGACACUGUGGAAGUACGGCAGGGAGCCCAGGUGACGUCAUCUACUAUGACAACAACAACAAUGGCGAGCUAUUAGUUUUAUAAUUUAAUAAAACAAAAACAUUAAGAGGGGUUUUAAUAUCAAAUUAUUAUAACUUGUACUAACAUUUGUCUUUUAAGAAGUUCAUGUCUUUCUAUCCAAGGUACCCUUUAAAAUGUUUUCAUAUAAAGCAUGUACUGUAUUAUAAGGGGCAGUAGUAGUAGUGGUUGGGGUUGCGUUAUGCAUCAACUAGAUCACAGGUGUCAAACAGAUUCCAGAAAGGGCUAGGUGGGUGCAGGUUUGCUUUCCAACCAAUGAAGAGGACACCUUUUUACCAAUCAGAUCUUUUACAUGUAUAAUCAGUUAAACUUUGUCAGGUGCUGCUUGUUUCAGUAGGAAAUUCAUUGGUUAAACUGCACGGUAUCAGUUGGAACAAAAUCCAGCACCCACUUGGCCCUCUCUGAAAUCGGUUUGACGCCUGUGCACUAGAUGGAGGUGAGCUAAAGGGAAAGUCAUGCCAUGAUUAGGCAAUAUUGAUCUAUACUGGACUGUCUCAGAAAAUUAGAAUACACAAUAUUCUAAUUUUCUGAGACAGUCCUGUAUAUUGUUCUAUGUAAAGGACGUCAGCCAAGGUCGGCCCCCCACAUUUUUACCACGCCAAAUCUGGUCCCCUUUGCAAAAAGUUUGGACACCCCUGCUUUAAAUGGUGGAUUAAUGUACAGGACUGUCUCAGAAAAUUAGAAUAUUGUGUAUUCUAAUUUUCUGAGACAGUCCAGUAUAAGGUGCGCCUUAUAUUACGGAAAAUGCGGUAACUUUAAUUUGAAUUAUGUUUGUCAAAUGUACUGUUUUUUUUUCUUUCUCCUUUUUGAAUUAUGCUAGCUUACUCGUGUAAGAGUUGAUGAGCUCUUACCCGAUUAUUGAUUUCUCGAGCAGCAGCCGCAAUCCCUCAAGUAAUCCUCUCGCUGCCUUGGCUUGAUUAGACCUCAGCGCAGAGACGGACAUGUUUCCCCCGACUCUUCACAAGUCUACUAGAUAUUUAACUUAAAGCAACACUAGGUAACUUUUCAACCUUUAUAAAAUAUUUUCAUAACAUUUGUGGUAUGUCAACUGUAGGCAUGUGCCGGAAUAAGAUUUUGGCGGUAUGAUAACUUUAAGCAAAAAUAAGUUUCACGGUACUGCAAAUAUAGCUCUGAAAUGUAUUAUUUUGAUAAGUAUGGGUAAAAAAAAAAAAAAAAAUCAAUUGAGCAGGAUUUUUCACAACAUAUUUGCAAAUUGGAACGUCAACUUGAAUAUAAUACUUAAAAACAUAAAAUAAAUAAUUGAAAUAUUUGAAACCAAACUGAAAUAAAUAGAACUUAUAGACCAAGCCACAGCUCGAGUUGCUCAACAUGGGAACAAGAACCCUUGGUAAUAAUAAAACAGGACUUAAACAAUAUAUGAUUAAAUUAAUUGUAUGUAAAACACAUAAAAAACACUACUACUAUAAUUAGUUGAAUAUUAAUGGAAAGUGAGAGUAAGAGACGGCAUGUGCGUAUGACUCAUGUAAUUAUUUACACGUUAUACACACACCCUCUCUUAACAAAGUCUCCAGAGAGGGAAAAAAACUACAAAGACUGUAUUAUUUUGAACAGAUGUUUACAAUGGCUGAAGACUUUACAAAGUAGGCUAAUGGUAGAGAGGAAACUAUUUAGCUAUCUUAGCAUGCUAACUUGGCACGUUAUCUGCCUCGUUAACAAGCUUGCAUUACUGUAUUUGUUUUACCAUCGCUAGACACACUAAACACACUGGAGUGAGCUCUCGUAGCUGGUGGGAAAUGUUCACGACAGUGUUUACUUAAAAUUUCUAUAAACUGACGGAUGAUGGUCACGUAAAAAUCAGGUUGGAGUUGCUGCUGUCCUUCCUCUAACCUGCGGCCGUCUGUUUGGUUUCAGUAGCCAAAGUACUCCCAUACUAGCAACUUUUUCUUUUUUGAGGGGGGGGGAAGCCCUGGUGUAGUGUCACCUACAGACAUAGGACAGAGCAACAACCGGUGGGAAAAAGAUAAGUGCUGCCGCUCCAAGCUAAGGAUUUCUCGCUGCAUUUUUGGGACAUAAAAUAGCUAAUACCGUAUUAUGGUAUGAUCGAAAAUUUUAGUGGUUUGGAAACCGUGACGUUUUCAUACCACGGUAAACAUUAAAACCAGUAACCGGCACAUGCCUAGUCAACUAGUUGAAUGACACGUCUUUUAUAUCUUUAGGGCGUCUAUCACUUUCACUGGCACUAAGGGUGGCAGGAAACCUGCCACACACCCACACAAAAAAACUACAAAUGUGCUGACUGCUUUACGGCACACGUCACUUUCCCCAUUCAAUAUAAAGAUGGAAGUAGAUUUUUAACGCUUUUGUGCGAAUUCUGCAAAGAUGGCAAAGCGACAAAAAGUUGUCCGAGGAGGGGUAUAAAGGGAGGCUACCAGGAUACCCUCGAACUAAUAUUGGCCUGGCUUUCGCUCGCUGGCGUGACGAGCGACCGAUUCCCCCACCCCAACCGAACUCAUCAACUCUUGACGCCUUCAGGUGGUGUGGGCGGUUAGCCACACUAAACCACAUGGUUGCUAACCAUCAUAUGCUAUUGUUUAGCUACAACUGGAUUCAUUACCUUAUUACUAUUCAUCCUUCACACGGCCGUUGGAAACAGAAUUUUAAUCGUUGAAUCCAUCUGCAGGGAACCUGAAGAUCAUGAUUUUACGACACUGUGCAGGUGCGCACUGGUCCUCAUGGGAAACGCAGUCUUCCUUGGGGCAAAACACUACCGCUUUUGUCCACCGGCGUUGCAAAACUCAAACUGAAAAGUUACAAAGUGUUGCUUUAAAAACGCCUUUAGCGCCUAAGAAAGAGUACGCUUUCCAAAAAAAAAAAAAAAAGGAAAACAUGUCAAUUUUUUUUUUUUUUUUAACACAGCACAACUAUGUAUCAGGUUGUCUUUGGGCAUCUUUAGGCUUCUGAGAGUCGAAACAGGGUGAUCAAAAAUGAGUAUGUUUGCAACGAUUCCUGUUAAUUUUGUUUUAAAAUGUAUGAAGCUCCA